AUGUGCAAGACGUCGCCGGGGACGUGCCAUCGCUCCAGCGUCCUGAAGCAGCUGGAGACCUGGGCGCAAUUCCCGCAGUGUGCCCAGCUCCUUUUUGUGGAGCAGCUGGCGCUGGAGCUCUCUGAGCAGUUGGAUGUGGCAGGCGAUGCCUCGUCCAGGUGCCGCGCAAUUUCAGACCGCAAUGCGCAUCCAGAGCCGUCAGCAUUUCCGUAUGAUGCCUUGGUGUACAUUGCCGCAGAGAAUGGUGAGCACUGUUCUCAGAGCUUACGAUGUGAUUUGACUCUUCCCAUGGUUGAGCUGAAGCGCAAGAGCUUGGGCUCUGCUUCCACCCGGACGGGCUCAUCGGAGGAUGACUUGGAAGAGCAGUGCAGCGAGAGUGCAGAUCGCAAUCAGCAGCCAUCAUUGCCACAUGCUGCGUUGGUUGGCAUUGCCACGGAGAACGGCGAGCACUGUUCCCAGAGCUUUCGAUGUGAUUUGACUCUUCCCAUGUGGGACCAGCCGGCCACUGAAACGACUUGCAUUUUGACGGCUGUCCAGGUCUUUGGCCCCUUCGAGCUUCCAGAGGAAGUGUUGUUGAAUCUCUUGCCGUACCUUUCUGUGGAUGACCUCAUGGAGUGGCGAGUGACUUCCUGCCAGACCAGAAGUCCCAGA